AGGCCAGGUAGUGUCAGUGAGGAACCCACGGCACCACACCACCCAACACACAGACACUGGCCGACCAACGCGCGCCACGGACGUGCAGCCUCUCGCCUCUCCUACGCACGUCACACUCACACAGUAGAAACAUUUUAAGGAAAGACUCGAACAAAGUGAAAAUAAACAGGGGUGAAAAAAGAAUAAAAAAGACCUUUAAAAGAAAAUAGUAAGAAUAAUAACAAGAUAUAGAAGCAGGUGUGUCGUGUGUGUGUGUGGGACAGUACCUGUGAGGAACCUUUGUGACAAUGCGUGGUAGGAAGUCCUGGGACGUCCCCGCCUCUGUUUUCGCUCAGAAGACCUUUAACCCCAUCAGGAACAUCGUUGAGAACCUACAGAUCGUUCCUCACCCUGAGAAACCCCUCAUCGCUCUUUCUAUUGGUGAUCCCACUGUGUUCGGGAACCUGAAGCCAGCCAAGGAGGUCACCGAAGCCGUAGUCACAGCCAUCCAGAGCGGCAAAUACAACGGAUACGCGCCCACUACAGGAUACGUCGAGGCAAGAGAAGCGGUCGCCAAAUACUGCUCAGUCCCUGGUGCUGCCGAGCUUGAGGCUAAGGAUAUUGUGUUGUGCUCCGGGUGCAGCGGUGCCAUCGACCUGUGCAUCACCGCCCUCUGCGCCCCCGGCCAGAACAUCCUCGUCCCUCGCCCUGGCUUCCCACUCUACACGACCAUAGCUGAGGGACUCCUUAUCAACUCUAAGCACUAUGAUCUCCUGAACUGGGAGGUGGACUUGGCGUUGGAGGAGUUGAUUGACGAGAAUUGUGCAGCCAUCGUCGUCAACAAUCCCUCCAACCCCUGUGGCUCUGUGUUCAUGCCGCCACCUGAGGAUAUAGACGUGGCUGCCAGAAACAAAGUCCCUAUCAUAGCCGACGAGAUCUAUAACCAUUUUGUAUUCGAGGGGCAAGAGUAUCACCCGCUGGCCUCACUGACGAAGGAGGUGCCAGUGUUGUCCUGCGGCGGCCUCACCAAGAGGUUCCUUACACCAGGAUGGAGGAUGGGCUGGAUUGCCAUCAGCGACAGAAACAACAUCUUCAAGGAGAUACGUAAGGGUCUGCAAUCCCUGAGUCAGCGGAUCAUCGGCAGCAACACACUGAUCCAGGGCGCCCUCCCCACCAUCCUCAACACCACCCCCGAGUCCUUCUUCAGCAACACCAUCAGCCAAAUCCAGACUAAUGCUAAAAUGUGUUACAACUUCAUCAAGGAGACGCCCGGCUUGCACCCGGUUAUGCCUCAAGGUGCCAUGUACAUGAUGGUCGGCGUGGAUAUGGAUGGCUUCGGACAAUUUGCCACUGACUUGGAGUUCGUGGAGCGGUUGAUCAGUGAAGAGUCAGUGUUUUGUCUGCCAGGGACGUGCUUCGGCUCCCACAACUACGUGAGGGUGGUCCUAACAGUGCCUAAAGAAACCCUCCGUGAAGCCUGCGCCAGAAUCUCUACCUUCUGCACCCGUCACUAUCACCCGCAAACCAUCACCAACGGCAUCUCCAACGCCAACGUCACCAACGGCCACAUCAACGGGGGUACCCAUGAGAUGUGUAACGGCGGUAACCACGAGCACCCGAUGAAGGAGGAGGUGGAUGUUUUGGCAGCUAAAGUCAACGCCAUAGAGAAUGUUUCUUCACUAGUGUCUGAGACAGAGAGGCUGACUAAGGGCAGAUGUGUUGUGUGUGGGGGGGGAAGUUUGUGAAGAGACAGGUUUGUGAGGAAGACAAGUGUGAGAGGAAGACAGGAGUGAGAGGAAAGGGUAGGCGUAUGAGAAAGAUAGGUGUGUGGGGACAAGCUUGUUAGGAAGAAAGGGUGUGGGACGCAGACAGGUAUGUGAGGGGGGAAUCACAAAUAUAAAGACGUAAAGGUGUAGGACAAUUGUUUAAGAGGACUGAGCGUGAAGCAGAUUUGGCGUGGUUGGUAUUGACAUGUGUGUGUGUAUGUGUGUGUUGGGGUGUGGUCGAGGAAGUUAAAAAAAAACACACAAUUCAAGAAGAUGAAAAUAAAUAAAUAAAAAAUAUCCACAAAACCCGACAAAUUAAGUGAUAUAAAAGAGAAACGGAACGAAUAAGAAAAUAAUAGAAAUAAGUCUUUCACAUGUAGGAGGGGAAGGGGAGUUAUGCCAUGAUUACAAAUCUCAGUUUAUUUUAAGUGCUUGUUAUCAGGAACUUUGUAAAUAUUACUUCAAGUUCACUAGCACACUUGACAUUGAUGUAAACACCCGCUCCUAUUGUCACAUAUGUGUAAAGGUUAAUUAACUCACAUUAAUCGCAAACUGUACUGUAGUUUGUAUUACCGCAUUUUCUUGCUGUAUGUCCGCCUGCCGUAUCCCGUACAGGUUGGGUACAGUAAGUUGUGAGGUCAUACUGUAGUCCCUCAUUUCAUUCUCAUUUCGCAUUCUCACGUGCAUGAUAUCAAUCUUUUUGUCUGCAUCUUACAUAACUGAAGGACCACCUGAAGAUAGUCGUCGUAGGUAAGUCAGUGUUACUUAAGCACAACCAAUCUUAUCCCUGAAUGAGUACAGUAAUCAUUGGCUGGAAGAGUUGCACGUGUGUAGUGCCCCCAGCCAAUGAUAAAGACUCUGUUAGUCAUCCAGGGAUAUAAUUGGUGGUGUUGAAGUGCUCCCCGACUCAUCUGCGAGGAGUAUUGGCUAGUACUGUCCUACAAAUAAUAUUUUUGUUCAUAAAGUAUAACUUCGGGUAGAAUCAUACAGUAGACAAGACAUACUGAUUAGUGUCUUACAGAUAUUUUGUUAUUAAAUUGACUUUUUUUUAGGUUUGUAGACCGGAUAAGACUUGUUUUAAAUGCAACUAAAAAAAAGUUUACUGAUUAGAUAGCUUUUAUGUAGAAGACAGUUAUAGUAGAAAGAGUUUAGGAUGAAAGUAGUGUUGCUGACACUAUGACUCGCUUCUUUGGGUCGCCACAUGUUGCUUUCCAGUGAUGAUGAAUAUUAAAGAAUUAUUUGAUUUA